UGACGCAAUGCGAUAGGCGCGCGAUAUGUUAAUGAGAUGACGUAACAGUGGAAAGACGACCGUUGCAAUUAGCACAAUGGCAGCCGAGAAAGGCAUGAAUAGAUCUUGUUAUGGCGUACAAGAAUAUAGUCCUGAAGCGAUUAAGGAACAAUGGCGAGAGUUUAUGAGGGUACUGUACACUUUUACAACAUACUUUAGAGAAUGUGUUAAGAAGUGUAAUCUUGCGUAUUACAAACUGGACGUUCAAAAGAAACGCACCAAUGCCGAGGACUCCUCAAAAAGCUUAACUUAUUUCAACAACAACAAAAAGAACGACACAAAGUCAACAUACGACAGAACGUUUCACAUCCAGCAUGGGUACUGUAGCAGGAUACACAGGGAUGACAGGGAACACACGCAGGGCCUUGACGUACACGCCGAGGAACAAAGUAAGGCAGUCCCAAUUCUUUCAUCCUCCGUUUACGGCCAUCGACCUCCCCUGGAAGUUCCAUCACGUCAGCAUGUUCGAGUAGGACAGGUGAAGAGAGAUUUCUACCGACAUUGUGGAGCGACGAUCCCGAACGAAGAAUCGGUACUUAAAGUACAAGCCAGAAAAUAA